CGUUCGUCUAAAGAGGUUCAAUUUACUAAGCAUGUUCCAGCUGAAAACUCUCCUAUAUUACGCAACUAUCGCAAUAGUUAUAAAAGCAUCACCGCCAGGAUGCGAGGAAAUAGAUGGUUUGGAUUGCCGAUUGCAGGAUCCUCCCAAUCAAUGCGGGGCACUCUGCCUCUCAGCGCUGAUGCCACUGAUCGAUCACAUUGCCGAGCACCAGGAACAGUGGAAAACCUGCAACCUUGACCAUAACCUAACCAAGGCAAAGUUUCAAGAAAUACAGGGCCAUCAGAGGGAUAUUCAAAAACAAAUUGAGAGCCAGAACACAUCGCUAACGGAUUCGUGGAAGAAGAUCAUUGCGGAGGAUAUAGAGAACAAAAUCAAUGGGCUAGAACUUAAGAUGGAAGGUCAACUAUCUGUCCUACAUAAAGAAUUGUCCAGUAUAAAGACGUCGCUGAUGAAUAUCUCUUCGCAAAUAAGCAUAUUAAAAAGGUUCAAGCGAAUCGGAUCGAGAUAUUUGCACAUCGAAGAAACGGACGAACGAAGUUGGACUGGUGCUUUGAGCGCAUGUCAGGAGAUGGGAGGUAAUCUAACCUCAAUUAUAAAUGAAAAAGACUUUAGUGCUAUCGUGUCGCAACUAACCAAAGGCGUCAAAUAUAGGGUUGGCAUUAGUGAUCGGGCUAAAAAGGGCGAAUUCAUAUCUGUGUCCUCCGGAAAGAGAGCACCUUUUCUGAAAUGGAAGCCUGGGGAGCCAGUAUACGAUAAUACCGGUCAGCAUUGCAUUAAUGUACAUAACGGUGGCAUGUGGGUUGAUUCUUGUACUCAUAAUAUGAAAUACAUUUGCGAGCCUAAUAAAAAUAUUUUCUAAACAGAUAUAUAUAUAUAUAUAUA